AUGAGAUUCAUCGAUACUAAUAUCGGCCUCCUACCGGCCUGCCUGGCUCUGCUCGCCUCGGCGUGCGCCGUCGGUGCGCAGGGAUCGUGCUCCCUCCCGACAACCUACAAGUGGACCGAUUCAGGCGUGCUGGCGCAGCCCAAGAGCGGCUGGGUCUCGCUGAAGGACUUCACUCAUGCCACGUACAACGGCAAGCACCUGGUCUACGCGACCUACAACACGGGCUCGGCUUGGGGCUCCAUGGCCUUCAGCCCCUUCUCCGACUGGUCUGAGAUGGCCACCGCGAGCCAGAACGGGAUGAGCCAAGCUGCUGUGGCGCCGACCCUGUUCUACUUCCGCCCCAAGGACAUCUGGAUCCUUGCGUACCAGUGGGGCCCGACGUCGUUCUCCUACAAGACGUCCAAGGACCCCUCCAACGCGAACGGGUGGUCGUCGGUCCAGCCGCUCUUCAGCGGCACCAUCUCGGGCUCCGACACAGGCGUCAUCGACCAGACCGUCAUCGGCGACGACAAGAACAUGUACCUCUUCUUCGCGGGCGACAAUGGCAAGAUCUACCGCGCCAGCAUGCCGAUCGGCCAGUUCCCGGGCAACUUUGGCACGACGUCGCAAGUGAUCAUGAGCGACUCCAGGGACAAGCUCUUUGAGGCCGUUCAGGUCUACAGGGUGCAGGGUCAGAACCAGUGGCUCAUGAUCGUGGAGGCCCUGGGAGCCAACGGGAGAUACUUCCGCUCUUUCACGGCGACGAGCCUGGACGGCACCUGGACGCCCAAUGCCGUCAACGAGAACUCGCCGUUUGCGGGCAAGGCCAACAGCGGCGCGACUUGGACAAACGACAUCAGCCAUGGUGAUCUGAUCCGCGUAAACCCGGACCAGACCAUGACUAUCGACCCAUGCAACCUGCAGCUGCUCUACCAAGGACGGGCACCUAACUCGGGCGGAGACUACAAUAGCCUGCCUUACCGGCCGGGUCUCUUGACUAUGCGGCGUUAA